CAGAGUAACAAAGUCUACACGGCACGUGGAUGUGUGUGCUCCAAACUUGCCUAGAUCUCAGCAGGAAAGCGCUGCGCAAGUUAUUUACUCUAUUCUCAGUCCCGACUCUCACGCCUGUUACCUGCGAGUGUGUAGUUGUAAUUUUCAACUCUGAUGGGUUGUAUUAUGUGUUAUUCCUACUAGCCUACUUGUGUCACGGAAUCUACAAUUGGAUAAAUGCGCCAGUAAUGUAACUGUCGGAUUUAAACGUGUCUGAAAUUUUAUGAUUUAAUUUUCAUUAAGACGCGAGGAGUCUUGGAUUAACAGGGAAAGGACUAACGUAAUAUUCGCACAAUGAUCGGCUUCGGGCAGAUAUUGACGGAAAUCGGAGAGUUUGGGGCUUUUCAGAAGCGGCUGCUUGUGGUAAUAUGCGUACCCAACAUAUUCUCUGCCUUUCACAUGUUCGUUCAGGUUUUCACCGGUCUUUCCUUCGCUCAUCACUGCAACACGGACUGGAUCUUGAAAGUUGACUCUAAUCUGACUUAUGACAAAGUAUUAAACCUAACAGUUCCUUUGGACGAUGCUGGAGAGUAUGACAGCUGCAAAAUGUUUACACCUGUGGACCAAGACUUGGAUACUAUUGAAAAGUACGGGCUGAACAGCACGACCAAAUGCAUUGACGGAUGGAAAUUUAAUGCACCUCAAGGAACUACCUCUACAAUAACCGAGUUCAGCUUGGUGUGUGAAAACAGCUCACUGAACCAGGCGUCUCAGUCCAUCUACAUGGCUGGACUCCUGAUCGGAGCGCUGGUGCUUGGGCCAAUGGCAGACAAGUUUGGUCGGCGGUUUGUCAUUCUGUUGUCCCUGCUCCUGCAGUUGCUCUUUGGAGUUGGUACUGCCUUCUCCCCAAACAUAUAUGUCUAUAUUGCCCUCCGAUUUGUUGUCGGCGUCACAAUAUCAGGGAUCGCCAUAAAUGCAUUUGUCCUAGGGGCUGAGUGGUGUGGCACGUCGAAGCGGGCCCUCUUCACCAUCCUGUCGCACGGCUGCUACGCCCUGGGGCUCAUGCUGCUGUCUGGCAUCUCCUACGGCAUCAGAAACUGGAGGCUCUUGCAGCUGGUGCUGUCCGCCCCCGUCUGUCUGCUUGGUGUGUACUACUGGAUCCUUCCGGAAUCAGCCCGUUGGCUCCUCACGCAAGGCAAACAAGAACGAGCCCGGAAAGAAAUUCAGAAGGUUGCUCGGGCGAAUGGGACGAGUGUUCCAGAAUCUCUGCUGGAUAAGCUAGAGGCUGAGAACACAGCCAGAACUGGCAGCAUGUUGGACCUCUUCAGAAUCCCCUACCUGAGAAAGAGAGCGCUCAUAAUGAGUUAUAUCUGGUUUGUAACCAGCCUGGUCUACUACGGCGUGAGUCUAAACGUGGGCAACUUUGGCUUGGAUAUCUACCUCACUCAGCUCAUAUUUGGCAUCGCCGAGCUUCCUGCCCGGCUGGGCUGUUUCCCUUUGAUCGAACGCUUUGGGAGGAGGAUCUGCCAGAGCAUUGCCCUUUUUAUUAGUGGAACAGCGUGCCUGGUCAUUCUUGCCAUACCAGAAGACCUUCCCGUGGUGGUGACAGUGGUUGCUGUGCUGGGAAAGUUCUGUUUGGCUGCCUCCUUCACCAUCGUCUAUGUGUACACUGCUGAGCUCUACCCUACAGUGGUGAGGCAAAGUGGUGUGGGGUUGAACUCCAUGUGUGCACGAGUGGCGGGCAUCCUCGCGCCCCUGAUCGGUCUUCUGGGGGUGUACCACAAGGCCAUCCCCAUGAUCAUUUACGGCUCCCUCCCGUUUUUGGGAGGCGUGCUGUGCUUCAUGCUCCCUGAGACCCUUAACGUAGAGCUGGCAGAUCACGCCGACCCACAACAGGAUCAGCAAGAACAUGAAAGGUUACCUUCCAAUGAUAAAGAGGAGAAAGCACUUCAAACUUCCAAACUGUGAAGACAUCAGACCAAGUUUUAAUGUUUAAAUGAUAUUGUACAUAAAAUGUUCCUCAUUUAAAAUUCCAUUAAUGCAUUGAGAAAAAAAUAAGUUAUUUUCUUACAAUUUACACUUUGAUAUGAAAUACUUGAUAUGAUAAGUAUAUAUUUUAAAAUAUAAAAUCCUUAUUUUAGCCUUAAUAUUCUGUAUGACGUAAAAAUGUAUUGUAUCUAUGUAGAUUUUAUUUAAAAAAAAAUUUUUUUUAGGUGUACUGUAUGAUUCUGGGCCCCUAGAAGCAGAUCACAGUCCAACCACCCUGUGCUUACGUGACAUAUUUAAUACCUGUAGAUUGCCUACAGGAGUCACACCACAUCAACACAUGAUGCAAUAAAGCACAUUCAUGGACAAAAUGGUUACUAAUACCACAGGCAGUAGCUGUGUCUGUUUGUGUUGUUCCUGGUUCAUCAUGCCUUACCACUGACCCAGCCUGACCUAUCACAACCAACCAAACAAGGCUGGCUUGCUUAAUAUACCAUAGCAUUAUUUAAAUCGCCUUCAUAUGAUUUUUUAUUUGUAAAAUGAAAAUAAAUAUGCCUAUGUUAAAAAAUA